AUGAAGGUAGAAGAGCUUAUCAUCGAUGGCUUCAAGUCGUACGCGACCAGAACAGUUAUCUCAGACUGGGAUCCACAAUUUAACGCUAUAACGGGUCUCAACGGUUCAGGUAAAUCUAAUAUUCUCGAUUCUAUAUGUUUUGUGCUGGGUAUUUCAUCAAUGGCGACUGUUAGAGCUUCAAAUCUGCAAGACCUUAUUUACAAGAGGGGUCAAGCAGGUGUAACUAAAGCCAGUGUAACCAUAGUAUUCGAUAAUAGCGACAAGAAAAACUCUCCGAUUGGAUUUGAAACAUACCCUCAGAUCUCGGUGACUCGGCAAAUCGUACUAGGGGGCACGAGCAAAUAUCUCAUCAAUGGUCACCGCGCCCAACAACAAACUGUCCUGCAUCUGUUUCAAUCAGUGCAGCUAAACAUCAAUAAUCCAAAUUUCCUCAUCAUGCAGGGCAAAAUCACCAAAGUUCUGAACAUGAAGCCGACAGAAAUACUGUCACUUAUCGAGGAAGCCGCUGGGACUAAGAUGUUUGAGGACCGUAGAGAAAAGGCAGAGAGGACUAUGGCCAAGAAGGAAACAAAGCUGCAAGAAAUACGAACGCUGUUAAUCGAAGAGAUCGAACCCAAACUUGAAAAACUCAGAAGUGAAAAACGUACUUUUCUGGAAUUUCAGGAUAUUCAAUCAGAUCUCGAGAAUACUUCCAAAAUCGUGCAUGCAUUUACCUAUCAAUCCUUGCUUCAAAAUCAUAAAGAUAUCAAAGAGCUACACACAUCUGGCCAAACCAGAAUUGAUCAACUCCAAGCCUCCAUCAAAAAAUUGCAAACUGAAAUGAGCAGUAUCGAGGAAGACUUAAACGUUAUUCGAGCCCAAAAGAGGGACGAAAUGAAAAAAGAUGGUACAUUAAGCCAACUUGAGUCUCUCGAAAGUCAGCUCAAUAAUGAUUUAUCACGCCUUAAAACCUCUUUGAAUAUCGCUAAUGACAAUUUGGCGGAGGAGUCUAUCAAAUCUGAAACGCUCAGAAACGAUAUCGCGAAAUAUCAAGGUCUCUUAAACUCCAGAUGUACAUCCUUCAGAAACAUCGAGGCUGAUUAUAGUGCCCUCAAUAAAACUGUCGCAAACCUCAAAACACAAUUACAGUCCAAAGAAGAGCUAUUAUCAACAUUGACCACCGGCAUUUCAUCUACUGGAGCAACUAACAGCGGUUACCAAACCCAACUGAAUGACGUUGAACUAAGAUUGAAUGACGCACGAAUCAAGGUCCAGAGGUAUGACAUGAAGAUCGACAUACUAAAUAAAGAGCUAACCGAGAACGAGCCUAAGUUGAUCAAAGCGAAAAAGUCUGGCGAAGAAGCCAAAAAAGAGCUCGAAUUGAGUCAGUCUAGGUGUUCAGAGCUAAAGUCUAAAUUACAACAGUUGGGCUUCGAUUCUAAUCACUUCAAAGUUCUGAAAGAGGAGGAGAUCAGCUUGAAAAACGAAUUGUACAAAAUCUCGAAUGAGAUGGACGUCUUGAAGAGAAAGGUCGCAAAUAUUGAGUUUGCAUACAACAUGCCAUCUCCCAGUUUUAAUCCGGCCUCUGUGAAGGGGGUCGCUGCGCAACUGUUUUCUUUGGAUGAAGAGAAGUUCGAAAGUGCGAUAGCUUUGCAAGUAUGUGCUGGAGGUAGGCUCUUUAACGUGGUUGUCGACAACGAAAGAACGGCCUCGCAGCUACUUGAAAAUGGCAGACUACGAAAAAGGGUUACGAUAAUUCCUCUAAACAAGAUUUCGGUAAGAACACUUCAUCAGAAAGCUUUAAACGUUGCAAAAGAGUUGGCACCUGGUAAAGUGGACUUGGCUCUUAAUUUAAUAGGCUACGAAGAAGAGGUUUCGAGGGCCAUGGAAUUUAUUUUCGGAACAAGUUUGAUCUGUAAAGACGCAGAAAGCGCUCAAAAGGUUACUUUCCAUCCUCAAGUGAGAGCAAGAAGCAUAACCCUCCAAGGCGAUGUUUAUGAUCCCGAGGGGACUCUCUCGGGAGGUAGUCGCAAUACCAACAGCUCAAUCCUCAUUGACAUCCAGAAAUACAAUGCUUAUUCUAAAAAAGCACUGACACUGGAGAAGGAGCUUAUGGACCUUGGCAAAAAGAUCAAGCAGUAUACCGAUAUCUCCAACACUACAAAGAGUAUCCAACACGAUCUUAAUUUGGCUUCUCACAAGCUUCAGCUAGCUGAACGGAACUUUGAGAACAAUCCGUCCGUUCAGUUAAUAUCUAGAAAUAAAGAGAUAAAUGCUGAGAUUCUCGAUUGCCAAAGAAUGAGGAAUGACGGUCUUACGGAAAUUAAGCAAGUGGAAAAAGAGUUCUCAAAUAUUCAAAAAGAUAUGGAAGAGUUUAGUAAAGACAAGGGCUCCAAACUAGACCAAUUAAAACGAGAGAUCCAAAACCUGAGAGGCGAAAUCGAUGAGCACCAAGCUGCUUUUGAGAAGAGCGAAGAUCUCAACCAAUCUCUUCAGUUAGAAAUUGACCAAUUAAGAUCUGACAUAUCUACUGCUGAAUCAGGAGUAUUAGAAUCGACCGAAAUAUCUAAGGAACUGAACGAUAAACAGUCGAGCUUGAAAGCACAAAUUGAAGGUCUUUCGACAGAGCUUGAACAAACCAGAGGUAAAGUGUUUGACGAAAAGAAACGUCUGUACGAGAUUGAUGAGGAAAUGCGGGUUCUGUCGGAACUCCAUAGGACAAAAGAUGAGCAAUCGAAAAACGAAAGCGUUGAGCUCAAAAAGCUGGUGAAUGAGGUGGGGAAAUUAGAAAGUAACACGAAGUCUGUUGAGGAAAGUAUCAAAAAGCUCUUAGAGGAAGAAGAAUGGCUGAACGACGAGGGUUUGAUUUCCAGUAUAGUCAGUCAGAAUCAAGGCGUGAAUAUCCAGAUAUAUCGUCAGCGAUCCCUACAGCUCUCCGAGAAGUUUGACGUAAUGAAGCGUAAAGUUAAUCCAAACAUUAUGAGCAUGAUCGAAAACGUGGAGAAGAAAGAGUCAGCUCUGAAGACUAUGAUCACAACCAUUGAAAAGGAUAAGACAAAAAUUCAAGAAACGAUCACCAAGCUUAACGAAUACAAACGCGAAACUCUAAUAAAAACAUGGGAAAAGGUAACUGUCGACUUUGGCCAUGUGUUUGGAGAACUACUGCCGAACUCCUUUGCUAAGCUUGUACCGAUGGAAGGCAAAGAUGUGACCGAGGGCCUCGAAGUAAAAAUUAGACUUGGAAACAUAUGGAAAGAUAGUUUGGUUGAGCUGUCAGGAGGCCAAAGGUCUCUUAUCGCCCUAUCCCUCAUUCUAGCAUUACUUCAGUUCAAACCUGCUCCGAUGUACAUAUUGGAUGAAGUCGACGCAGCUCUCGACUUGAGUCAUACUCAGAACAUUGGGCAUCUCAUCAGAACGAAGUUCAAAGGAUCCCAAUUUAUCGUCGUCUCGCUAAAAGAGGGUAUGUUUAACAACGCCAACAGAGUCUUUAGAACAAGAUUUCAAGACGGGACGUCCGUGGUUAGCGCUAUGUAA